GGUUGUUUGCCGCGUGCGCUGCGCUGCGCGCGCCGGUUUUUACUGCUGCGGGCCCACUCGUCUGUUAAAACAGUUUCACUGCCUCACCGCCCGUGCGGGACGAGCAGCAAGCCGCGACCGGUAUCGCAGCCGAUAUGAGACGACCGCCGGCCUGCCGGCUGUCCGAGGUGGCCCAGUCUAGCUCAAAACAGACAAUCGUUUUGUCCAGGACAAACUAGCUUAGACAUACUAGCGCGACAUGCGUCAGUGGCAGCUCUGAAAGCGCUCAACGGCACGAAAACGGAGUGCUCGCGCGAGCUGAUUCAAACCCGCAACCUAAAACUUUUUUGCAUGCAGCUGUGCUUGGCAAAAGGCAGCCCCAAGCACGGACCACGCUGCCGCAGCGAUGGACACCGCACUCGUAGCGAUGCGCCCCAAGCCCUGAGCAGCCAUGCGGUUCGCACUCGUGCUGCUGGCCGCGGCAGCCACCGCCUCAGACGACAAAACUCAUGUGGUGGUGGCCGGCAGCGGCUCCCACGCGCUAGGGGUUGUGGCCUGCGUCCGAUCGGUGUUCGAAGGCGCUCUUAAUCAAGUCCAGGUCCACGUUAUCGUCCAACAAAAGGACGUCCAUGAUUUCCAGGCGGCCCUACGAUGCGCGCUGCCACAAGAAGACUGGCGCGUCGUGCCCUGGGAGGAUCGCAGGGUCGCCCGGCUCGUAUCGGUGCGGCACGGCAAGAAGGGCUAUCUCGCGCACGCGUUGAACUACGCGCGCUUCUACCUCCGAGAGAUACUACCCGAUAAUGUGGACAAGGCUCUGUGGCUCGACAGCGACACCGUCGUCAUUGGAGACAUCACGAGCAUGGUCCGCAACGCACUUACCAGAGGUAGGAACGCCGUGGCCGCCGUCGCGCGCGAGAAGAAGGCGUGCGGCACUCACUUCUUAAAUUGUAGCAAUCCCGACGCGCUCGAGCUGCUCUGGGAGACGCGCGUCGACGUCGACGCGCUGGACGCGUUUAACGCCGGGGUUGUGGUUUAUGACUUACGACGGUGGGCGGAGCAGAAGCUGACGGAGCGCGUGGAGCGGUGGCUUGAACUCAAUCUGAAAACUGAAGCGUUUACGCUCGGGACGAACCCGCCGCUCGUACUAGCUACGGGCGGUAAAUUCGAGCGCCUAUCAAUAGCAUGGAACUGCCAGGUCGGCGGCGGCCACGGCUGCGCGCGCGGAUUGGCGAACGGAACUGUUGGAAACGGCGUGCUCCACUGGUCCGGCGAGCGCAAGCCGUGGUGGGCCGCGGGGCUGUCCUCGGCGGCCGGCGUGCGCGGCGCCUGGAGCCGCGCCCUCGGACUAUCAGGCGCACGAUGCGCUCUCAGGGCCCUGCCGCCUGAUUCCGCGCCGAACGCGACGGUGGUCCUGCCCGCCAACGCCCGGGUGCCGGACUUCUUCGCGUUUCGAAGGGGCGGGCCCGUGUUUGAUGGGGCCAACGUGUCGUCGCUCAUGCGGGAGCACGCUUCCGCGUUUCCGACGAGUAUAAGUGGGUCGCGGGCCGCUUCGUCAGCGUUGCGCCACCGCUUGCAGGGGCGGGACCCCUGCGGCGUGCUCGUCGUUAUACUAAGGGGGCGGCUCUACGUGUCGCUGCCGACAUGUGAACGGCAACUUACAAGUAUGGAGACCGGCGCUCUCCAAACUUUACAUCGGGCCGUCGCGGGCUUCGACACCAUCCCGCCGCCGCUGGUCGUCCAGUUCGCCGCACCCGAUUCCAAGCCUUUGGCCAUCGAAGCCAUCGACCGAUUCGCGUACCACGCGGCGCCCGCCGUGGCCUGCGACGCGUUCGCAUGUGCCGCUCGACUCGCGCGGAACGCCCUGGACGCCCUCGCGGCGGCGGCCGGACCCUUGCAGGAGCGUGACGUCCUGACGGCGUGCGCCGACUGCGCGCUGCGCCCCGUGCGGUUUGAUGAUGCCCUACGACGGGUCGCGCAGCGGGCGCCGAACCAACAACGGAAAGGCCUCAAGGGCUACUUCGCGGCGCGCGCGCCCGUGCAGAUCUCGCACCGCGAGGAGAACGUGUUGGACUUGAGAACGCCGGAGCCGCGCGCGCGGCGGCGGAAGCGGCGGCGGCCAAUGCUGCCGCCGCCGGUCGGGUAAGUGUGUUUUUACGCGGCCCCCGGGGAUGCUUCGACACGCCGUGCCAGAUCACGGUGGCAGUGGAGUAA